ACAGCAAUUAUGAAAGUUGCAAAGUGCAUAGAUGGCGGCUCCCUUGGUGGGUCUCAUGUUUUUGCUUACUUUCAUUUUGGGUUACAGAGGGACGCCAUCCUUGGGAUUAUCAUUAUGAUUAUCAUAAUUAUUGAUCAUCAUUAUCAAAUAUUAUCGAUUCCCCGUGGCUCUUAGAUAAGCCAGAAGGAGCCGGGUCUCUGUCUCUUUCAGUAAAUGAGCAUCUGAAGACUGAAGGAAAAAGUCAUGCUCAUCUCUCUUAACUCAGACAAUGAAAUGAGCUCAUGUUUAGCUAAAUGUUCAUCAACCCGGCUUGAGAACAUAGAUGAAAAUGGCCCUGCAAAUUGGUUACCAGGUUCAAGUGUUCUACCUGAAACUCCAAUCGAGUCCAUGGAGUAUCUUGGCAGAUCUUGGAGCCUUUCUGCCAAAGAGCUCACCAAGGCACUUUCCACUGCCCAUGAUGCACCAAGUCAUCUUCAAAGUUCUAUGGUUGGCCUUCUUAGUGCUGAAGCACAUGAUUCAAAUUCCACGGUCUUGAGGGAACCACUACUUCGACACUUACCCAGUGGAGAUAGUCCUCCAGCUUCACCAAGAGGAAGUGACGAAAUGAAGGAACUAUUGUUACUUCACCAAGCAUUGAACCCAGAAUUCUUUUCCAACCAGCAACUUUUUGGAAAUGGGCUAUACAAGAGCAUAUUACGAGGCAAUAAAACAUUGGGGAGGUGGAUGAAGGAUCAAAAGGAGAGGAAGAAGCAGGAAAUCAGAACACAGAAUGCUCAAUUACAUGCAGCUGUAUCUGUCGCAGGUGUUGCUGCUUCAGUUGCAGCAUUUAUUGCAUCACUGGUUUCACGGGAAACAUCAUCUGGUAAUCAGAAAUGGCCUUUAAAGACAUCAGCAGCCAUAGCUUCUGCAGCUGCUCUAGUUGCAUCUCAUUGCAUAGAGAUGGCAGAGGAAAUGGGAGCUAGCCAUGAACAUAUCUUGAAUGUAGUUAACUCUGCAAUCAAUGCUAGAACUAAUGGAGAUAUCAUGACACUAACAGCAGGAGCAGCUACAGCUUUAAGAGGAGCUGCAACCCUCAGGACAAGGCUUGAGAAAGGGUUGGGAGCAACAAACUUUGGGGUGGGUGAGGAUAAGGUUGAAGAAGAAGGGAAGGAAUCAAACAUCUUGAUAGCAAUCAACUAUGUUUCCAGAGGAGGAGAGCUUCUCAAACGCACAAGGAAAGGGGUUCUCCACUGGAAGCAAGUUUCUUUCAACAUAAAUUCAAAUUGGCAGGUUGUGGCAAAAUUGAAAAGCAGGUAUAUGGCAGGAACAUUUACGAAAAACAAAAAAUGUGUAAUCUCGGGUGUGAACUGUGACGUUGCGGCGUGGCCUGGACGGGAAAGGGAAAUGGAUGGCGAGCAGCAGAGGGCUUACUUUGGGAUUGUAACAACAGAUAGAACAAUAGAGUUUGAAUGCAGUGGGAAAGGAGAAAAACAAAUGUGGAUUGAGGGGAUACAAUAUAUGAUGAACAUUCGUGCUUACAUGAAAUGAUUCGGACCCUAAAAUUUAGGCUUACUUUUCAAACAUUUAAAUAAAAUGAAACUGCUUUAUA